AUGUAAUAAAUGCUUUCUCUAAAAAAGGAUACUUAAAGAGGAUCAUUCGUUGCUAACACACCUUUAUCUCCAAGAAGCUAGACUUCAAGGAAAAGCUCUGUACUUAAUAAACAAUCAUUUGAAUAAUAAGAACUUUAUUCUUCAAGAAGGAUUGGAUUAAAUCUAAAAGACCCUUAAGUACUGAACUACUGUUUAUAUGAUAGAAAGUCGAAGAAAUGAUAAAAGUCAGAUAGCAAAGAUUGCCUAAAAAAGAAGCAACAAAAGAUGGAGAAAAAGAUCUUCGAGAAAUAUCAAAGGCAUAUGAUGUAUUAAAAAAUGCUUUGCCUGAAAUAAACAACAAUUAUGGAGUGAUAAAAGAUCAAGAACUGCUUUAGUUUUAUAAAUAAUAGAUAGUUAUAAACUAAAAUCCACGAAAGAAUUUUUUUGAGUUCAACACAUACUUUUAUAAGAAUUAUUAAGCAAACAACAAUGGUCCUUGUACAACUCUACCUUAAUUGUUAAUAAAAAAAGUAGAAUCAUUUUAAAACAAAUUGGAAUAACUUAUUAAGGAUAGAUGA